AUGACAUCCAAUGCAACCCUCACCCACCCAAACGACCUCCCCUCCCACCUCCUGACCUCCCACCAAAAACGCUACACAACAAUCUCCAUCCCCUCAACCUACGGCCGGCUCCACUCCAGCCCAGCAGCAGGAACCGUCGUAGGAAUAGUGCUAGGCAGCGUAGCAGGCUUCGUGCUGCUCAUGUACAUCCUCUUCCUAGCGGUGAACCCAGGCGGACUAGCACGCGGCGGUAGCAGCGGCGCGGCACCAACAGUAUCCUCCUCGCUCUCAAUGGACGAAGAAGAGAUCGUGGAAGUACGCAGUCGACGACCGUCCAGACGUCGCCGGAGCGGUGAGACCAUCGAGGUGAUGGAGGAGCGGGAGACGUUCCGUGAUAGUUAUCGGCGCAGGCCUUCGUCUAGGCAUGAUCGCAUUCUUGUUGAGGAGUCGCUUGCUACUUCUACUUCUGGGGGUGGAGAUGUUGUUGAGGUCCUUGAGGAGGAGAGUUCUGUUCCUUCUGAUGUUUCGCCUAGACCUGCUAGACGGAGUCGGAGGGGCGUUAGUCAUGUUGACCCUUUGGCUUAUGGGGGUGGGAGUCAGUAUAGUCGGAGGUCCUGA